CCUCCUCGCGACGACAAAACCGAAACUUGCCAUCCUUUCCAGGCAUCAUGGUGGACUCGCCAAUGAGCGCGAGCUUCACAAGCGCCGGAAUCCUCAACAUCGACGAUCAGCGCAUCAAGUCGAUCAGACCUCUGAUCCCUCCCCAAAUUCUCGUCGAAGACUUUCCGCUCACCUUGGCAGCAUGUGAGACCGUCAUCAACGGUCGCAAAGGGGCAGAAGCGAUCAUCAAGGGAGACGAUGAUCGUUUAUUAGUUAUCGUGGGACCUUGCUCGGUACACGACGUCAAGGCAGCCUUGGAAUAUUGCGACUUGCUAAAAGUCUACGCUGCCGAAGCGAGACAAGAUUUGCAUAUCCUCAUGAGAGUCUAUUUUGAAAAGCCACGGACGACUGUGGGAUGGAAAGGACUCAUCAACGAUCCACAACUCAACGGCUCUUUCCAGAUCAACAAGGGCCUUCGUCUGGCGCGAGGGCUUCUGCUCGAGAUCGCGAGUUCUGGUUUACCCACUGCUGUGGAAUUCCUAGACACAAUCUCGCCGCAGUAUAUUGCCGAUCUAGUCAGUUGGGGCGCUAUUGGCGCGCGAACCACCGAAUCACAAGUGCAUCGAGAAUUAGCAUCGGGACUGUCGACGCCUAUCGGCUUCAAAAACGGCACAGACGGAUCUGUCGACAUUGCAGUCGACGCCAUACGUGCUUCCCGAGAAGGCCACGUCUUUCUCUCCGUCAGCAAACAAGGUCUCAGCGCCAUCGUCGAAACGAACGGCAAUCCUUACUCUCAUAUCAUCCUGCGUGGAGCCAAUUUUGGGCCGAAUUACGAGAAAGAGCACGUUGCUUCAACUGCUGCCAAACUAGCAAAGGCGGGGUUGCCCCAAAGGAUCAUGAUCGACUGCAGUCAUGGUAAUAGCAAGAAGCAACAUCCUCGUCAGAUUAUCGUGGCGGAAGACAUCGUCGCUCAACUUAGCUCGCCGGAAACGGCGCAAAACAUCCUGGGCGUCAUGAUCGAGUCCAAUCUCGUUGAGGGCAAGCAAAAUAUACCCGCAGAAGGUCCAACGGGGCUCAAAUACGGACAGUCAGUCACAGACGCGUGCUUGAAUUGGCAAGACACCGUCAAAGUGCUCGACAAUCUCCGUCGCGGCGUCAACAUUCGAAGACAGCUUCGUCAGACCAACGGCCACACGCAGGACCCAGAGGCGCUUCUAGCUAAGCAUCGUCCGCAAGAGCAAGAUUUCAAUGAUCUAUCGCAGCUGAACAGAUCCUGAUCUUUGUGUACUACUUUGUAAUGCAGCGCCUGCUUGCUGGUGUCAGAUGAAGUCAUCAAGCGACUCAUCCAAAUCAUCGUAAAGUGUCCUGGGUCUGAAGGGCCAAGCUUGGAAAGCCUCGGUGAGAUGGAGAAGAUGCUCCGGCGUCAUCUGACGCGGCAGCAUAUUGGGAUCGUACACAUGGCCAGCAGCUAUCAUCUUUUGCUCGAGUAUACCAGCGCCCGCCGCAAUCGAGGGCAAUGACUUUGUCCAAGGGGUAUUGAUCGUCGAGAACAAUCUUCUGGCGAUAUAUUCGUAUGCCUCCCAUACUCCUUCUGAUGUUAUAAGCGGUUCUUUGAGAGGUCGCAGGAUUGCAGCGGCAUGUUCUG